AGACAUAUCGGUCCCGAAAGACAUCCCGAACCCGCUUCAUGCCGAUUUAGACCCACCAAUUUGUUCCUAAAUUCUCGAGCCUAACUCGAUACAGUGCAUACUUGCCUACAUCGACCAGUGUGUCCUUUGCUUAUUAAUAUAGCUCGCAUUUACCCAAGAGAUUAGCCGAGAGCAGCGAUUUGGAGCCCGUCUGAUUCCCGACAUUUUAACCGACCAAAUCCAACCUUCUCCCUUGAUCUAUACUGAACUCCACGCGAGCCGUCUGGAGAUCCAACCCAUGUCGAUCCGUGCCGCAGUUGGCAUCUGAUUGGUGUCCAGGGACGAGAUAAUGGAGCGAAGCAGAAAGAAUCGGAAUCGCAACGCUUGCUCCAACCCAUCGACGCGCACUGCCACCGCGGAAGAUAGAAAUAGUGGCGGCUGCGGUGGCGGCGGCGACAGCAGCAGCAGCAGCGACGCGAACAGGGGGAUACUGGACGAGAGGGUGCUGAUGCUGGUGUUCCGCAGCAUGGAUUGGGACCCGCACGUCAUCUGCGUGGCGGCCUGCGUGAGCCGCCGCCUCCGCGCCGUCGCCGGCCGGGUGCUCUUCCGGGAGCUCUGCUUCGCCCGGGCCCCGCGCAUGGUCGCGGCGCUGACCUCGGUGGGUGCCGCGCCAGGUGGCAGGCUAGGUGGCGGGUGGCACGCCCUGGCCAAGCUCCUCUUCUUCUGCUGCGGCUGCGCCGCGCCCACCCGCUUCUUCACCCUCGAUCGCCCCGCCCCGGGCCACUUCGUCCCCGCCUCCCGCUUCUCCAAGACCUCCGGCCGAUCCUUCCUCGCCCGCCGCUGCUGGGGCGACCUGCUAUUCGUCAGCGACCCCUGCGAGCACCGGGAGUCCAGCCGCGGCGGCGACGAGGACCUCGGCGCUUACCGGGGGGUGUUCCGGGGGUUCAUGCGGUCUCGGACGCGGGCGUGGCUGAUCGGGAAGCAGGCGGAGCUGGAGGCCGGGGUGCGCUGCCCCUACUGCGGCGCCCGCGUGUGGAGCAUGACGGCCGCAGGCCUCGUGCCCCGGAGCGCCUCCCGGAGGCUGGGCUCCCACGAAGGCAGCUUGGACUACUUCGUAUGCGUUAACGGCCACCUGCAUGGCUACUGCUGGUUGGCGCAUUUGUCGACCGACGAGGACGAGGAGGAGGAGGAGGAGGAGGAAGACGACGAUGUGAAUGUUGCGCUCUAAGUCUCUUCUUCUCUUGCCCGUGCUCUGUUUCAAUCCCGUGUUACUGCUCCGUGUCUUGUCUUACCUGUGUUCGAUGGUUUAUCGGCCUUUUUCUUUGUAUAGAGAACAUUAGAUAGGAGUAGAUAAUGGAUGCGAACUCCAUAGACUUCCUUAUCAGCCACUUUCUUCCUUUGUAUCUACCAAACCGACCUUUUUUAUGAUAAUCUUUUGCUUCAAAGGAUGGAUUGGCAGUUCGUUCGAAGUGAGGGGUGAUGUGACUGUUCGUGAUGAGGUUCAUGAACCGGGAGAUGGGAUAUGGAAGCUUCAGUGCAUCACAUCUUUCUUUAACCAAGUGAAGUGACUCCUGAGAGGGUCAGGUUUGGACAGGUGGGAGUAUUGUGGAAGACUUACAAUACCUAAAAGGAACACCAGCGGGGGAGAUGGCUGGAGUUUUUUUACUUGCUCCGGAAGCACUGCAAAUUUCUUGUAUUGACUUUUACCUGUCCCAACAUUAUUUAUUAGAUUUUUAUUUUUAUUUUUUU